AUGCACUUGAUGACGAUAUUCCGCUGCACGCGCAUGGCUGCCCAGCACGCUCGCCUUGCUAGUAGUGCUGCUUCCGUGCAAGUGACACGAUCAAAGCGUGGUUCUCGUCUUGCGGCGCUUCGUGAGCGUCUCACAGACGAGGCGCGUCAGGGUCCGACCUUUUCCGAGCAGGCGCUAUCGCUUGAGGACUUUUCAUUUGAGAUCGAAGACGCGCCUGGUACGAAACCCUCACGUAAACCAAAUGCAUCUAAUCGCAAACCCAAGUGGCUGAAAGCGCAGCCUACGAAAGGUACCAACUAUGAGCGACUGCGCAAGACCGUCAAGAGUCUUGGUCUCAGCACCGUGUGUGAAGAGGCCAAAUGUCCAAACAUUGGAGAGUGUUGGGGUGGAGGCAAAGACGGCGUAGCCACAGCAACAAUUAUGCUAAUGGGGGACACAUGUACGCGUGGCUGUAGCUUUUGCGCUGUCAAAACUAGCAAGAAGCCGUUGCCGCUGUACCCUGAAGAGCCAAACAAGGUAGCAGAAGCUAUUGCCGCCUGGGGACUCGAUUACAUCGUCUUUACGAGCGUCGACCGCGAUGACUAUGAGGAUUUUGGUGCUGGUCACUUUGCCAAGACGGUCAUCACACUACGUGCCAAGCUGCCGUCGAUCCUGAUCGAGUGUCUGACACCAGAUUUUCAGGGCCAGGACAAUCUUAUUGACCAGGUGGCAAUGUCAGGUCUUGACGUCUUUGCGCACAACUUGGAGACGGUAGAGCGGCUGCAGCGUCGUGUGCGUGACUACCGUGCUAAUUACAAACAGUCGCUGCACGUGCUGGAGCGGGCCAAGGCAGCUGCACCUCACCUUGUGACCAAGACGUCGCUGAUGCUGGGUGUUGGUGAACGCAACGAGGAUUUAUUCCAGACACUCCGUGAUCUGCGCAACAGCGGAGUGGACGUUGUGACGUUUGGUCAGUACUUGCGUCCCAGCACAAAGCACAUGCCUGUCAAGUCGUACGUGACGCCCGAAGCCUUUGCCGAGUGGCAGAAAGUGGCUGAGCAGAUGGGCUUCCUGUACGUAGCAAGUGGACCGAUGGUGCGCUCCAGCUAUAAGGCUGGUGAGUUUUUUAUGAAGAAUCUGCUCAAGAACCGCAAGACAGAGCAGGUUGUAACCUAA